AUGAGCUCCGUGGCGGGCGUUUUCUGGCCCGUCGUCAUCUCUCUGAGUGGAUUUUUCAUGAGCACCUCGGGCUUAAUUCGCUCAGCAUUGAGCCACAGUUGCGCUGAGCACACGUGGCAUUGGUAUUUUGAUUGCGUGUACGUUGUUCUAUGUGCCAGCCCCACCAUUGCGCACAUUGGUAUGCGAUUGGCUUCCCUUGCAGAAAACAUCGAGGGAAAGCAAUUUUUCCAACGAAACUUUGCUGGUCCCUUGAUUGCGGACGCCAUCGUUUGCAUCGUUGAUUUUGUUGGUUAUGUCGUGCCCUCGUUGAUUCGGGAGCUUCAUGAGGGGGGUCGUGGAUACGCGUGUAUCUUCCAGUCUCCCCCCUCCCCACACCCCCUCCGCUUCCGCACCCUCCCUGCAGCCCUGUCCAAUACCCGUUGGAGUAUCUUGUGUCGUUGCCGUCGGCCCUGGCACGAGGUGUGUCCAGUGCGGUCUUCCGCAACACCCAAUUUUAACGAUGACGUCGGGAGCGAGCAAUUCUUCAAGGUGGAUGGGUGA